AUGUCAUACCUGGCACCUGUUGUUGAAGUUGGCGGUCGGGGAGGAGAAACCUUCGAUUCUAAUGGCUCUGGAAAUGGAAGCAUGCUGAAAAAGAUCCAGGUUUGGGAAGGUGAUUGCCAGAUAAAAGCCAUGAAGGUGUGGCUUACUGAUGGCCGGUUCGAGCAGUUUGGUGUUCCUGCUAGGAAUCUGAAAGAGUUUAUAUUUGGAAGUAGAGAGUAUUUCAGCUCCCUCUCACUUUUUCCAAAUCAAGAGAGUACACGUCUGGGUGCAAUCAAAUUUGAGACGUGUCAGUCCCGAGAGUUCUAUGCAGCCAUGAUAAAUUUUACACUGCAACCAGAAGUUCCAGUUGAUGUUGCCUCUGGGAUCUGCAUGGGGAUCAACGGACGUUCAGGUUUGGAUAUUGAUCGGUUAGGCUUCAUGUUCAAGUCUCUUUAGUCUGCUCAGAUUCAUUGAAUCAAACAAAAUGCUUGGUGCAGCCUAACAAGCUUUGAAUUCAAUUCUAUAAUGAUUUUAACUACAAAAUGUGUACUCAUAUUAGAUAAUGUUUAAUAAUCAAUGUUACAGAUGUAUGGAACGUAUUUAGUGCAUUAUGUAUCACUAUACUCAGUAUCUCAGUAAAAUUCUUGCUGACUGGAGCUGUGUGUGUGGAACACUGGAGUCCAGCUGUGACUUAUAUGAUCUUGCAUCUUCAUGUUUAUCCUGCAUUUGGUGGAAUGGGUGA